AUGAACUAUUCUCACUGGAUCUAAAAGGCCAUAUAAAACAAGAAUAAAUUGUUAAAGGAGUCUAGAGAGAGUUCUACAAUCACUAAGAAGCAAAUCUCAAAACAUUCUAUGAUUAGUAUUAGAGAAUUGUAUAAGGCCUAAAAAUGGGAUCACCUUAUCAAAUUAGCUAAACAAACUAAAGGUUUAUUUGAGGAAUACGAUUGUAUUAAGGUUCAUAAGAAAGUUAUUAAGUUGGAAGAGAGUGUGUUAAUUAAUAGUGGAGAUGCUCAUGAUGAAGAUUAUAUAGGAACCAUAAAAUAAAUUAUAUCAAUAAAAGAACCAACAACACUUAAAUUGAUUUGUUUAUGUCGUGUAUAAUGGUAUAUGAGAAAAAGUGAAAUAAUAAAAUCACAUCCAAAAAGCAAUGAAUGGAUCUCUGAAUAGGAAUUGUUUGAAACUAAACAUGAAGAUUACAUUUUGGCAGAGACUGUGAUACAUUCAUGUUAGAUUUUCACAUGUAAAGAAUAUGUGAAUCUUGAUGAAAUUGAAUCCACUAUUUAUUUUAACAGAUUAAGUUGGGAUAUGGAAAAAAAAUAAUUUUAAGGUUUAGAAAAACUUUAAAAAUUCUGUUUAUGUCAAUAACCGGUUAAUCCCGAUAGAAAAUAUAUAUAAGUAUAUAAAUAUAUCUAAAAUAGUGUGAUUCUUGUCAUUAAUGGUAUCAUCUAGAGUGUGUAGGUUUAAAAGAGGAAGAAUUAAAUGAUUCUGAAUUCUUUUGUAAACUUUGUUUAUGA